AUGAAGAAUAAAACGAUCUUUCUAUACUUGUGCGCUGUUCUCGUUGUUAUCCAUGGCCAACUAUCCAUUGACGAACUAUUUCUUUUCACUUCGAAAUAUACUCUAUCUGGUAAUUGUACAGGUUUUCAAUACAAUUUUUCUAAUUUUCGAGUCCAGCCAAAUGUCUACAACCAAUUGACCUUCGAUUGUCAAUCGUCGGAACUGGUUCUUCGAAAUCAAGACAAUUCGUUCUCUUCGAUUUGCCCAGCUGAUGAAAAGUACGCUCAAGCCAUACGUAUUCACUUUAAUCAACCGAUUCCAACAUGGAUUCAAGUAAAUCAACUGCAAUUAUACGGAAUCGAACUUUGUUCACUCGACGAGCUUCUUCGAAACGUUUAUCCUGAACAUUCUCACUAUCGAUCACGAUGGGCUUUGUUAAUCAAUCUUGAUAAUAAUGAUAAAAAUCAACAGCAUCUUGCUAUUGCCACUGAUGGUGGAAUGACUUUUAUGCUAUUUCUUCUUUCACCAGAUGAGAAUUCCACAAUCGCUUAUAAUCAAAUCGAUCUGAUAUUUCCGGGCGAACAAAGUUUUCGAUUCAAUCAAUCGAGAAUCAAUGUAUGGCGAGUCGAUCCAGGUUAUGGUCGUUCUCCAAGAUCCAUUGAAUUCUCCGAUUAUCAAUUAUCCAAAACAUCUUUUACUCUCUUUGCCAACGAAACUUUUGUCGUUUAUGGUACGCAGGUCUCCUUACCACGUCGAUUUCUUGUGUAUGUUGAUGAUACAUUAGCAUCAUGUAAAUACGAUUAUAUCCUCCAAUGCCAAUUUCCAAUUUUGCCAUUAUAUCUAUCGGAUACCCACCAGCCCGUGUUGAAAAUUCUCUACAGUAGACUUCAGAUUUUAAACACAACAUUAACAUUGGUGCCACGCACACGUUUGCAUCAGGUUCCAACGAACCAUAGCUUAACUGAAAUCACGACAUUCGAAGUAACACUCGAUGAAAAUCUUUGUCGGAAUCAAUCGUUGAAAUCUUUAUUCACUUUCAUUGUUCAUUUAUGGAAAGAAGAUGUGAAUGGCAAUGCGCGAUAUAGCAAACAUGAGAAAGACGAUCUAAGAGAAGUUGAAUGCAAUGCAACUGUACCUAUUGGCCAAGAAAUUCACAAAUUGGUCAGUCCGUUAUCAAUUGACGAUGUGAUUUCAAUGGAUGUUGAUCUUAUUCAUCAGUGGUACGAUCAUCGAAACUGUCGAGCAGAAAGAACCAGAAUUUCGUUCAUAUAA